AUGGGCUUAGAUGUGGACACCUACAUCACCAGGUCCUGGAAGGCCCCUACAGAGAGUGUCAUUAUUGAUUCUGGAAACUUUUUGUAUGUUGUUGGCUGUGGUGUCGACGUCUACAUGUUCGGUGAAAAUGCGACAGAUGCCAUUGGUUCUUGCAUGAGUUUUUGCACAGAUAACAAGGAGAUCAUGGAGACGGCAAACGUGGGAACCGGUGCCUGUCAAGGGUUUGGCUGCUGCUACAUCUGGUUAUCAAGAAGUGGCCGGCAAGCCUUUACUCUGGAACUUCGCCGCUGUAAUAGUACGAUUCCACAAUUAUUAGAUGAAGAUCUCUCUAGUGUCAAGGUUAUCUUUACGGAAAACGACUAUGAAUUCGUUAUAGGCGAUCUUUACGCAAGUUGGGUGAAUACAACCAAUGUUCAAGAUAUGUUACUUGGGAUUGCAAUCACGGACCAACCAAGCUGUGCAAGUGCCCAAUCCCAAGAGAAUAAGGGAACCUAUGCUUGUAAUAAUGAAAGCAUAUGCCGCGAUCUUCCACUAUCUCGAGGAGGCUACAGUUGCUCCUGCCCUGGUCAAAUUGGCAACCCCUAUAUUGUAGAUGGCUGCAUCCAAGGUUACAAUCCAAGGGCGAACAAUGAGAACUGUACGAGAUUAUGUGGAAACAUGGCCAUUCCAUUCCCUUUUGGGUUUGAAAAAGGUUGCUUCGCAAAUGAUAACCUACGACUCAACUGCACAAGUAACGUCACUACUGUUCUUGAUCGACGGUAUGCACAAUAUCGUGUGACCAAUUUAUCACUUGAUGAUGGGCUUCUGACAGUUACAAACAUGUUGAAUGACACAAGCUCCAACAAUAUGGAGAGGGUAGUCAUCACUAACUAUGAUGAUGAUGGUUACUAUCCCAACAAUUUCCAUACAACUUACCGGGAGGUUGUGGAUGAUAUUGAUGAGUGCUCUAUUCCAAACAAAUGCAAUGGAAUAUGCCACAACUUUGAUGGAGGCUUCAAUUGUACAAGUUGCCGUCAUGGGAAAGAGUAUGAUCCAAAAAAACAUAAAUGUGUCAUGUCAGCUAAGCAGCGUAAUCUAAUUCUCGCAGGAGCACUUGCUUAUCUACACUCAGCUGCUGCAAUACCAAUUUUCCAUAGAGAUGUGAAGUCUUCCAAUAUACUCUUGGAUGACAAUUUCACUGUAAAGGUUUCUGAUUUUGUUGCUUCAAGAUCUCUUUCACUUGAUGAAACACAUGUGGUGACAAUUGUCCAAGGAAUAUUUGGUUACUUAGACCCAGAGUAUUAUCAUACAGGUCAACUAACUGAGAAGAGUGAUGUGCAUAGUUUAGGAGUGAUACUUGUGGAACUUUUGACAAGAAAGAAGCCAAUUUUUAUCAAUGAAUCAGGCGCAAAACAAAGGUUAGCUCAUUACUUCGUUGAAGGACUACAGGAAGGGGCUCUCAUGGAAAUAAUAGAUUAUCAAGUUAGGGAAGAGGUAGACCAAGAAGAGAUUAAUGACGUUGCCACAAUUAUAGAAGCAUGCUUAAGAUCCAAAGGAGGGCAUAGACCAAGUAUGAAAGAAGUAGAUAUGAGAUUACAAUUUCUAAGAACAAAGAGGAUAAGGUACAAAACAAAUCUUUUAAUUGAAAAGAAUGGAGAAAUAGAACCUUUGUUACGCUCAGAAACUCAAUACCCACAUGAACACACUGAUGUGCUUGUCAAUGAUACACAUUUAAUAGUUCCAAUGAUGUCUGGGUGCUACAGCUUGGAGCAAGAAUUUGCGGCAUCAUCUAGUAUGGCUCGUUAA